CGAGCGUGCUGGCGGCUGACGCGGAAAUCCGAAUGGGCUCGCGGGCCGCUGCCUCCUCGGUUGCUACGGUGGCCGGGGCGGGGCCAAGCCGCGCCGGGCGGGCCGGGCUGAGGCGCUUCGCGCUCGGCGGUCGCUGAGACGCUGAGGCGACUGCGGGCUCCCCCCGGCCCCGCCAUGGGGCCCGGCCCCGCGCUGCGCCCGGCCCGGCCGCCGCUGCUGCUGCUGGUGCUGGUGGUGGUCCUGCCGCCGCUCCCCGCCGCCGGUGAGCGGCGCCGCCUGGCGUGCUCCACCUGCCGGGGCAUCGCGGACAGGUUCAACCAGGGAUUAGCAGAUACAGCAAAGAAGAACUUUGGUGGUGGAAAUACUGCCUGGGAAGAGAAGACGUUGUCAAAGUAUGAGUCCAGUGAAAUUCGUCUUGUAGAGAUCAUAGAGAAUCUGUGCGACAGUAGUAACUUUGAAUGUAACAACAUGGUAGAAGAGCAUGAGGAACACAUAGAGAAAUGGUGGUUCAAACUAAAGAAGAAGUAUCCUGAUUUGUUUAAGUGGUUUUGCAUAGAAACGAUAGAAGUUUGUUGCCCAGCUGGAACUUAUGGACCAGAUUGCCUUGCUUGUCGUGGUGGAUCAGAAAGACCUUGUCAUGGAAAUGGCCACUGUGAUGGGGACGGAACCCGUGGUGGAGAUGGCUCAUGUAGCUGCAACAAGGAGUAUACAGGAGAAUUUUGUUUGGACUGUGCUAGUGGUUACUAUAGUACCUUGAGAAAUGAUACACAUUCUGUUUGUACAGUCUGCCAUGCCGCUUGUAAAACUUGUACUGGUUCAAGUAAUAAGGACUGCCAAGACUGCAAAGAAGGCUGGAUCAAAAAUGAAGAAGCAGCUUGUGUGGAUUUAGAUGAGUGUGCUUCUUCUCCUUGCAAAGAUGAGCAGUAUUGUUUGAACACAGAAGGAUCUUUCUCAUGCAAAGCAUGUCAUGCUAGCUGUGUAGGUUGCACAGGGGAAGGUUCCGACAAAUGUAAGACCUGCGCAUCUGGAUACAUGAAGGAAGAUGAAAAGUGUACAGAUAUAGAUGAAUGUAACCUUCCUGAAAAGGUAUGCAUUAAAGAGAAUGAAGACUGUGUUAAUACUUCAGGUAGUUACAAGUGUGUAUGUUCAGAAGGGUUUGAAGAUAAGGAUGGAAUGUGUGUUCAAACUGUAAAAACAGGAGAGGAAGUGGAGACUGAAACAACUGAGCCUUCACACACUGGACAUGAGGACUUAUGAUGUGUAUCCAGAACCAAAAGACAUUCCUAUCUCAAGUUUUAAAUUAUUGGACUAAGUCUCUGCUAGCUGACUUACUGUGGGAAUGGUAUUAAAUAUGCAGGUUGCCAUUAAGAUUUUUUAAAUGGUGAUAAACUGCUCUUUAAGCUGCAUUUCUUUAUUCUUGAAUACCACUUUUUUAUAGUUCUUUAAGAACAAUGGUCUAGAUGGGUAAGUAUAAAAUUUGAAUUAACAUAACAUUGUACCCAACAACUGUAAACAAAUUGAAGAUCUCUCAUUCUAGUGCCUACUGGUAAUUGUCAUCCUUUUUAGGAAGGACUUAGUUGCACUUCAUAAUUCAAGAAAAAAUCUAAACUGAAGCUUGGUGUUUCUUGACAUGAGAAAUAUUUCUGUAACUGAAAUACAGCUUUUAGAAAUUGUCAAAGGGAAUAUCUUUGGGGGGGGGGGAGUAGAAACUGUUCCCUUAAACAAAACAGAAUGCCUAAUACUGCAUUCAAUAAAAGUUUAUUUUGUUGGAAUGUGCCUUAAAAUUUUUAAAUUUGUUAAUACCUUGCUGUGUUGUCAUGUCUAUUUUUCAUUUGGACAGUGGGGAAAAAAAAAUCCAGACACCUAUAAGCACUGUAUUUCAGUUCAGCACUGAGCACUUCUUAAGUUGUGCUGGAAUGUAGAGUGUGAGAAGGGAAAUAUCACUUUCCUCUAAAGGAGGAUUUAUGUUAAACUUAAACAGAUUUCCAAAGUCUGGCAGACAAAUCUUUCUUCAAGAUACUUCCCAUCACUGUAUAAACUAGUUUACACACUUAAUGCAAGUGAAUUAAUACCUGCACUCAGUCACUCAAAGAUGUUACGAGUGGCCUCUGGAAUUGAUGAAUACUUACUUUUCACUAGAAUCUACUGCUGCAUGUAAUAGUUUCUUGUCUUUUUCAAAGCGAGCAUACUACAAUCAAUUUUGUCGUCUCUUGUGCUGUUUUGGAGGUAAAGCAAAUAAGCGUAGCAUAGACACCGCUUCCUACAUGUUGUCUGUAGGCUUAAAGGCAAGUGUAAGAGGUAAAAUGGAUAUAUUCUGCAGGACCAUCACAGCUGUAAAUAAGGCAAGGACCAUCCUGCUGCAGUAUUUAAAGCUCUUACGGAAGUAAGUGAAGUCUGACAAAUUGAGGUGAUGGAUACAGGGAGCAUAAAGAGGUAGUAUAGAAUACAGGUGAAAAGAACAUAGUUCAGGCUUGACUAUGAAGAAGCUAUAGUCUGGAAGCCAUCAACAGUACCCUGAGGUAAGGGGAAAUGGAAGGGACAGACUUGUUGAGCAAGGAAGUCCAAACACUUUCUGUAUACCUCUGAAAACUUCUGUGUUCAUCAUGUCUUCAUCACAGUUUAGUUCGUGUGCAUGUAGGAUUUGUAUGUGCAAUAGAUACUUGCACAAACAAGAGGAUUCUGUUUGAUUCUUACAUUAAAACCUGUCUAAGCUGAUUUUGUGAGAUGUAGUUUAAAUACCCAAUGGUAUUAAAAUGUGACAAUUUUCUUUAAGACAA